AUGGUAACGUCAAAAUUUACUCGAGGUUGUCUAGCGACCGGAAAGCGGGUUCGAGUUUCUUUUGUGUGUGAGUGAGGUGGGGGUAGAGUGAUGUAUCGUAACAAUAGACGAUCUUUGUCUUAAGGUGGUUGAAGUUGUGAGUUCAUGGGAUCGAGCGCUGCUGUGGAUUAGCACACCGGCGAGGGAAGGACAGGACAAACGGGAACGCCGCUAAUCUGACAAGCCUGAUAAGUACACAGCUAGUUUCACACGGUGGUCCGUCGACUGGAACAUUUACAGGAAUUUAACCUCACCUAGCACUGGAGCGUGUUUUGUUUUCUCCAAGGACAGCCUCACUCCAACAGAGAAGCUCUGCCCAUGAAGCCAUGCUGAUAAACAUUUUCCUGUUGCGGUGAACUGCCUGGUGGACAGGACAGUCAACAGUGUCAUGGCAGAACUGCCUAUUGCCCCAGGACAGGUCUACAUUGAGGUGGAGUACGAUUAUGAGUACAAGUCCAAGGACCGCCUCAUCACCAUCCGGCAGGGGGAAUGCUAUAUGCUGGUCAAGAAAACCAAUGGCGACUGGUGGCAGGUGAAGAAGGAGGAGGGAAGUAAGGCUUUUUAUGUACCUGCUCAGUAUGUCCGAGAAGUCCGCAAAGCCCUCAUGCCACCUCCUAAACCCAUCCCACAUCAUCCUGCUGCCAGCAGCAAUACACAGCCACAGAGUGGAGGUGCAGUCUGGGUAAGGCCACCCAAUCUGGACCUGGGACUCCACAACCGCUCCCCUGAGAGCCUUCACAGACAUGAGUCGAAAUUUCCGCACUCCCCUACUGCACAAACUGCCUCUUCAGGGCACCUUAGUCCCCCCAGCCAGCAUAAGGAUAAUAACAACCAUCACGCCCCCAGCACCCCCACAGACCAUGACCGAGCUCUGGCUGACAUUCUUGUUCAUGGCCACCAGCCUAGCCACAAGGGAGGGUCCAGCUCUCUGCCCCGUUCCCGACCUCGAUCCCCAGAGGCGGUCAGGGGCCCUCUAGAUGUGGACAGCACCCAACACUGUGACUCUGCAGGUGAGGAGAGACACACCAAUGACUCGGAGUCUGGAGAUGAACUGAGCAGCUCUUCCACCGAACAUCUUCAGACGGUGUCUUUGUCAGGCCAGGGCUGCUCCGAGUCGCCUGUCUACACCAACCUCCAGGAACUGAAGAUCACCCAGACCAACCUGCCCCCUCUUCCCUCUGGCACCCCUGUCCAUGUGCUGGGUGACUGGGAGACCUACAAGGACCAGAGUGGCAGGCACUUCUACUACAACCGCUCCACCCAGGAGAGGACCUGGAAGCCACCUCGAGCCAGAGACACCAGCACUGGGAACUUGAGAGGAGAGCGGCACAGCACUGGAGAGAGCUCUGAGACCACUCCUCUCUCGCUCUCGCCGUCUUUCCUUCCCUACCUCUCGCUCUCCAUUGGUCGACUCCAGCCUCUGUCAUCCGAGGACACCUGCUUCAGUACCUACUCUAGCCAGUCAGACAGUCAGUAUGGUUCGCCGGCACGUGGGUGGUCUGAGGAGAUGGAUGAGUAUGGCCACACACUGUACGUCAGCGACUAUACUAAUGAGAAGUGGUUAAAACAUGUUGACGACCAGGGCAGGCCUUAUUACUACAGCGCAGACGGCUCCAGGUCAGAGUGGGAGCUCCCUAAGUACAACGUCUCCCCUCCCCAGCUAUCCAGAGACGCACAGAAAACUCAGAGUUUGGACAGAAGGCAUGUGGAGCCGAUCGUCUUGACCAAGUGGAGACACAGUGCCUGCGACCAAGAGUCCAAUGACAAGGAUGCUCCUCGGGGCCACAAGCCCUCCUCUCCUGACUCUGACUCCUGCUCUUCGUCUCCCAAGCCCCCCACCUCUCCCUCUGAAAAAUGUGGAGUUCUGAAUGUGACAAAGAUCACGGAGAAUGGCAAGAAAGUGCGAAAGAACUGGACUUCUUCCUGGACAGUCCUACAAGGAUCCUCACUGUUGUUUGCCAAAGGACAAGGAGCUGGGCCCAGCUGGUUUGGAGGCGGUCAGUCCAAACCCGAGUUCACUGUAGAUCUGAGGGGUGGCUCGGUGGAAUGGGCAUCUAAAGACAAGUCCAGCAAGAAGCAUGUCAUAGAGGUGAAGACUCGGCAGGGCACAGAGCUGCUGAUCCAGUCGGAGAACGACAGCGUCGUCACAGAAUGGUUCCGAACACUGCAGGACACCAUCAGCACCCACGCCUGGGAGUCUGAUGAGGCCAUAGAGGAGGACAUGCCCGAGUCACCAGGUGUGGAGAAACAUGACAAGGAGAAAGAACAAAGAGACUCCAAGAAAGGCAGAGCUAUAAAAACCUCCACCAGCUUGGAUGUCUCCGACAACAAGAAGACCAAACACAAGCUGAAGAAGUUUCUCAUUCGCCGUCCAACCCUGCAGGCUGUCAGAGACAAGGGAUACAUCAAAGAUCAGGUGUUUGGCUGCAGUUUGUCCAGUUUGUGUCAGAAGGAAAACAGCACAGUGCCAGACUUUGUCAAGAUGUGCAUCGACCAUGUAGAGAACAGCGGUCUGCAUGUAGACGGGCUCUACAGAGUUAGUGGGAACCUGGCUGUCAUACAAAAACUACGCUUUGCUGUCGAUCAUGAUGAGAAGGUGAACCUGGCAGAUGUGAAGUGGGAGGACAUCCAUGUGACCACUGGAGCUUUAAAGAUGUACUUCAGAGAGCUGCCGGAGCCUCUCUUUACCUACGCUCGCUUCCAUGACUUUAUCAACGCUAUCAAGAUUGCCCACUUCGAGCAGCGCGUCAAGUCUAUCAGAGAGCUGGUGAGGCAGCUGCCCAAGCCCAACCAUGACACCAUGCAGGCCCUCUUCAAACACCUCAGGACGGUGAUUGACCACGGUGAGGAAAACCGUAUGACCACCCAGAGCGUGGCUAUAGUGUUCGGCCCCACGCUGCUACGGCCUGAGAUGGAGACCUGGAACAUGGCGGUCCAUAUGGUCUACCAGAACCAGAUAGUGGAGCUAAUACUCCUCAACUAUGAGAGCAUUUUCUGCAGCUACAUUUGUGCCACUUUGCUGCAAAGAUGAUAUUCUCCUGUCCUAACACUGGAUUCCUCAAACUAAUGAUACGACUACUGUACAGAGACUGAGACCAAAGGAGCUGCAGAAGAGUGAGCCUCAGUAGCCUCUAUAAUAGAGGAGAUGUCAGUAUUGGAGGUUUAUGAUACUGAAUGCAGCCUGUAUAUACCGCAGUGUAAAUCUCAUCAUUUGUAUAGACUCCUGUACGUCUUCCUGUAUGAACCACACUGGGGAACCAACAGAGGAAAUCAAACUGCCCUCUAGCCUUGGCUUGGCUUUAAAGGUUUAGAAGCUAAGAAGAAACAAGUUGAAGCUAGAACAAGAAGAAGGG